AUGGAGAGGCCAUCUGAGAUGAGCGGAGUAUGGAAGCGGGUGGUGGUGAUAGGCGGCGGAGUUGCAGGCUCCCUCAUUGCUAAGUCUAUUCAAUUUCAUGCCGAUGUAACCCUCAUUGAUCCGAAGGAGUAUUUUGAGAUCCCGUGGGCAAGCUUGAGAGCAAUGGUGGAGCCUUCUUUUGCAGAGAGAUCAGUGAUCUACCACAAAGAUUACCUUACCAAUGGACGUCUCGUUGUAUCAAAGGUCAUAAACAUCUCUAACUCUGAAGUUUUGACUGAAGAGGGCCAUCAGGUUGCCUACGACUACCUUGUCAUUGCCACAGGUCACAAUGAUACCUUCCCUAAAAACAGAACUGAGAGACUAGAAGAGUACUAUGCAGAAAAUGAAAAGAUAAAAGGUGCUAGCUCAGUUUUGAUUGUUGGAGGUGGACCUACUGGUGUUGAACUAGCUUCAGAAAUUGCUGUUGAUUAUCCAGACAAAAGGGUUGUUCUGGUGCACGAUGGUUCUAGGUUGCUGGAAUUCAUUGGACCGAAAGCGGCUGACAAAACUUUAGAAUGGCUAAAGUCGAAAAAUGUGGAAGUGAAAUUGAGACAAUCAGUCGAGUUGAACAAUAGUUCACAAGGAAGCAAGACAUACGUAACGUCAUCUGGAGAAGUGAUCAAAGCAGACUGUCUUUUUAUGUGCACGGGAAAACCGCUGGCUUCAGCAUGGUUAAAGGAAACUUUUUUGAACAACAGCAUCGAUAAUUUUGGACGGUUAAAGGUUGAUGAGAACCUUAGAGUCAAAGGGUACAAAAACAUAUUUGCUAUAGGAGAUAUCACUGAUGUCAAGGAAAUCAAGCAAGGGUAUUUGGCUCAGAAACAUGCUUUAAUAGCAGCAAAAAACUUGAAACUGUUACUGACAGGAGGAAAAGAAAGCAAAAUGGCAAUUCACAAGCCUCGUACAAUAAAGGUCAUUGUUUCUUUGGGGAGGCACGAUGCAGUAGCACAGUUUCCAUUAACAACAAUCAUUGGACUUGUUCCUGGAUUAAUCAAAUCCAAAGAUUUAUUUGUUGGCAAAGUAAGGAAACAGUUAGGCCUUCAUCCCCAUCUCCUGGAUUCUUGA